AUGCCUGUACAGCCGAAGCCUACAGCCACCGCGUUGUGGCUUGAACAGCAGCGGCAACGUGAGUACAAGCAGCAUCGACAGCGGGUGGAGCAGCAAAAGUCUUGCAUCGACAACAAACCACCCCAAGCGCUCAGUCUAAGCAAUAAGAGGGCACUGAUGGAGCAGGAACGCUGUAAAGUGAUUGAGCAGGAGAACCGACGCCUCGUCGCCAACAUGACAAACAUCAUGAAAAGAGGUGGUGGGAUUGAUAACAAGGAACCUUGGCGCAACACCAACGUGGAGCGUGAUGCGGAACGCCGCCGGAUGCGGGAACAGAAACGUAUUGAAGCGGAAAACUUAAGGAUACUGAAGCGGUUACAGGGAACAAAGUCGGUGUAUUGCAUUGAGAAGUGGGAGGCGGAUAGAGAGCAGAAUGAGGAGUACAUCGCACGAUUGUGCCGCUACCCAUACGCGCCAAUGGACUCUCCUCGAGCCGAGCUGGAGUGA